GCGCGGGGCGCGGGGGUGGGACUGGGUCGCCCUGUCCGCCGGGCGGCAAGCGCUCUGGAAGCCGGAGGCCGAUGCGGCAGCUCGGGGCGGGCCGCAGGGCGCGGAGCGCAUCCGGGCGGCGGCUCGGGCGAGCCUGGCGGGCCGCCUCCGGGCUCUCCUUCCUGCUGGCGGGCGGCAGCGCGCGGGCUCCCGGGAGCGGGACCUGAGCGGCGGGGGCGGGCAGUGGGAGGCCGUCCCGGUGCUGGCCGGGCGCUGAGGGAGCACGCCCGAGUGCCGGCGUGGACGGCCGGGUGAGGGGCCCCGGCCUCCUCGGGAGAGCGCGGUGCGCGGAGGACCGCAGGCCCGGGUGGUGGCGCCUCGGGGACAGCUCCUUCAGGCAGUUGCGGCUGGGACCUCCUACUCCGGCUGCAGGUCAAAGAGCAGGAAGCAGCGAUGUCUGCCGUGGGUCCUACAGCUCCACACCUGCAUCGCCCUGGUGACAGUCACAGUGACUGCGUGAGUUUCCUGGGGGCCCAGCUGCCCCCAGAGGUGGCAGCAAUGCCCCGGCUCCUGGGGGAUCUGGACAGGGGCACGUUCAGAAAGGUGUUGAAGCUGGUGGUCAGCAGCCUGCAGGGGGAAGACUGCUGUGAGGCUGUGCAGCGCCUCAGGGCUGGCACAGACCUGCCCGAGGAGCGGCUGGGUGCCCUAAUCGCUGGCACGCACACCCUGCUCCAGCAGGCGCUCCGGCUGCCCCUGGCCAGCCUGAAGCCCGACACCUUCAAGCACCAGCUCCAGGAGCUCUGCAUCCCCCAGGACCUGGCCGUGGACUUGGCCAGUGUGGUGUUUGGGAGCCAGCGGCCUCUCCUUGAUGCUGUGGCCAGGCAGCAGGGGGCCUGGCUGCCCCACGUUGCCGACUUUCGGUGGAGGGUGGACGUGGCCAUCUCCACUAGCGCCCUGGCCCGCUCCCUGCAGCCCAGUGUCCUGAUGCAGCUGAAGCUCUCGGAUGGGUCGGCCCUCCGCUUCGAGGUCCCCACGGCCAAGUUCCAGGAGCUGCGGUUUGGUGUGGCCCUGGUUCUGAAGGAGAUGGCUGACCUGGAGAAGAGGUGCGAGCGCAAACUGCAGGACUGAGCCUUGCUCACCAGUUCCCCUCUGGUCACCUGGGACAGCUGGCUCAGACAGGAGUCUCCAGAGUGAAGCCUGCACUUCCCAGGAGGCACUCCAGUGAGUGUCUGAGUGUAAUCGUGUCUUUCCCUAAGUGAAGACGACAGCUAUGUCUUUCCCUUUUUUUGGAAGUAAAGCAACUAUAGAAAAUAUGUCCUCCUGGGUGGGCAUCAAACUGCAGGCCCCCUCCCCCCAGAUGUCAGUCGGUCUUGUUGCCACCCACUGCUCUGGUGUGGCCGCGUGUGGUCUGGUCACAGUCUGGGGUCCGGCCGAGGCCUUUGUGAGGACACACAGGUUGCUUAGCCUGGCCCCAUGUAGCAUCAGAGCUAUUGCUUCUUUGCUUUUGGGAACCCUGUGUUUCAGGGUGCACAUGUCAUUCCCCUGUCUUAAAUCCCUGACUUUAUGGAGAGCAUUCUAGUGGGGAGGGGGAGGCAUUAUGAAAGGCAUACUAUAAACAAAUGGUGUAGCUUGUGAGAGGAUGGGAUUGAUGCAGGAAGCAAGCAGCCUUUGGAGAUGGGAGGUGGGGCUAUGGGAGAGUUGGGCUGUCAUUUUAAAUUGGGUCAUGGGGUGGGCCUCCUUGAGGACAUGGUACCUGAGCAAAGACCUAAAGGAGGCGAGGGACGCUGGGUGGAGGGGGCAGCCUGUGGUGCACAGGCCACGUGGCUGCCUCCAAGUGGGGGGAGGCAAGUGGAGGGCACAGGGGGCAGGCCUGGGGGCCUCCCUAAGAACGUUGGCUCAAUUCUGAAUGAAAUGAGUGUGAUAUGACGGUUGUUUUUAAAGGAUCACAUUGGAUGCUGUGUUGAUAGCAGAGUGUAGGGCAGCAGGGUGGGAAGUGGGAGUCUGGUGGAGUUGGUGGUGGCAGGGGAGAGGGGAGCAGGGGCCUUGCCUGGGUGCCUCUAGGCUGGGUAUCUCAGGCAGCUCAGACUGCCAUAGACCAAGUGGCUUAAACAACAGAAAUUACUUCCUCACAUUUGUGGAGGCUGGAAGUCUGACAUUAGGGUGCCGGCACCAUCAGGUCCUGGUGAGGCCUGUCCCCCAGCCUGCAGACUUCCCUCAGUGUGUGUGUGUGUGUGUGUGUGUGUGUGUGCACGUGUGCGUGCAUGUGUGCAUGUGUGCAUGUGUGAGAGAGAGGGCUCUCUUCCUCUUACAAGGGCACCAGUCCUAUAGGAUCAGGGCCCUGCCUUUACGACCUCAUCUCACCUUAAUUACCUCCUUGAAAGCCCCAUCUUUAAAUGCAGUUACACCGUGGGUCAGGGCUUCAACAUGGAGGUUUGGGGGACACAGUCAGUCCAUAGCAAUGGGAGUGUGCAGGGGAGAGGGGAGCACGGUUCUCUCCUGAGUGCCUCUAGGGUGGGAGUGUGCAGAGUCCAUGGCCAGCCCUGCACCCUCCAGCAUAACUGCACCCCAGGUAGGGGGCCUGGGGGUGCCCCUGCCUCCAUGCUCUGCUGUGCCAGGAAACCAGGUCACAAGUCUGGUAGGAUUAAUAGGUCCAAGCAUCAUGCAGGAACUUCCUCUGAAAACAGCAGAUGAGCAUGGGUGCCCGUGCGGCACCUUGCCGUGUCUAUGCUGGAAGCCCCUGCCCUUCCCCAGUGCCCUCUCCCUGCUCCUGCUCUACGGCAGGACCCAUCAGGAGCAGCAGUGGUUGCUCUGUGCUGUUCCCAGAACACUCCCACGAUCUCAGCUAACUAAGGCCUUUCCCUGAGUGAGGGUCCUGGCAAGUGAGGUGCAGGCCAAGGGCACAGAGAGGAGGAGGCUGCCCUGGGGGGCUGCUGUGCACUCGGAGCUGGGGUUUCAGAGGCCAGGCCCCAGGUGGGGCCCUGUCCUGCCUCGGCUGAGGGUGCAGUCUACCCUGGUAUCCUUCAGCGUCAGCUGGCAUCCUUGGGCCCUGCUUCCCCAAGGACAGGAGCUGGACUGGGCUGUCCUUGCUGCUGCCCAGGCCUACUCAGAAGGACAUGCACAGGUAAGCUGAGCACCACACUGCCUCAACCAGUGACUUUCUGUGCUGUGACUUCUUCCUCAACUGUUGGGCAUGUGUCAGGAAUAUGUACUCAUUAUAAUACAUUUGGAAAAUCCCCAAAAGUAAAAACAAACAAAAAAAACCUAAAAAGAAUUGAAAAGCCUCCUUGACCAUAAACAGUCACGGAGAAACUGUCUUGACCAGACUUGACAUUUACAGUGUGGGCUGUCUCUGUGUGUUUAACUCUUCCUGAAUGUGACAGUCUAACGGCUGCAGAACGUGCAUCCCCCCCCCCCACCCCGGUGGGCGUGCU